AUGGCGGAACAAGGCGUGCAGUAUCGCGACGAAAAGGUGGAGGAGAAGCAGACAGCGAGCCCGGGCUCCUCGUCCGACAAGGAAGAAGCCGGCACUGCCAACAUCAACGAGAACGCUCUUCUCCGGAAGCUCGACAUCCGCCUCCUGCCAGCCGUUGGAAUUCUGUACUUGCUCUCCUUCUUGGACCGAAGCAAUGUCGCCAACGCCCGGAUCGAGGGUCUCGCCGACGACUUGGGGAUGACCGGCAACCAAUAUCUGACUGGCUUGACACUGUACUUCAUCGGUUACGUCCUGUUCGAGAUACCUUGCAACAUCAUUCUCAAGAGAACCUCACCACGGCUGUGGCUACCUACGCUUACGAUCGCGUGGGGAAUCGUUGCCACGCUGCUUGGAGUCGUCCAUAAUCUUGCUGGGUUCUUCGUCGCCCGCUUCUUCCUAGGUGUAACUGAAUCUGGCCUGUUUCCAGGUGUUGUGUACUACUUCUCAAUGUGGUAUAAGCGACGUGAAAGGCAAUACCGGAUAUCACUCUUCUUCUCUGCCGCAGCUCUUGCAGGGUCCUUUGGCGGAAUUCUGGCCUAUGGAAUCAGCUUCAUGGCCGGAGUUGUCUGGUCUAAUGGCUGGCGAUGGAUCUUCAUCCUCGAGGGUCUCGCAACCAUUGUAGUCGCCGUCGCUGCAUACUGGUUCAUAUACAACUACCCAGACACCGCCGGUUUCUUGACCGAGAAAGAACGAGUUGUGAUCCAGACCAGGCUCUCCGCGGACAGUGACUCAACGCACAAUGAGGUGUUCACCUGGGGGAACGUUACCAAAGCUCUCAAGGACCCCAAGUGUUGGCUCUAUGGCUUUGCGUUCCACACGAUGAGUCUGCCCCUAUACACGUACUCUCUCUUCCUGCCAAGUAUCAUCAAGUCACUUGGAUACACAGCAGCUAGAGCCCAACUUCUGACCAUCCCCCCGUACGCUUUCGCUUUCAUCACCACCCUGGCAGUGGCAGUCCUCUCCGAGAAACUCAACAAGCGCGCCAUCUUCGUGGCCGGGUCAGCCGCCUUUGGAGCGAUCGGCUACAUCAUCCUGCUCGCAAACACCGAUCCCGUCGGCCGACCCGGAAUUUCACUAUCUCGGGACAUUCUUCGCGGCCGGUGGAAUCUACCCAGCUACCGCCUUGGCCCUGUCCUGGCCGGCUAUCAACUUUUGGGCACGCAGCUCUACCGUGCCAACGACGGGCCGCGUUAUAUCGUCGGACACAGCUUUGCAUUGGGCUACCUCUUGGCAAAUGUUAUAGUGUCUGGUCUUCUGUACUGGAUCCUGAAGAAGGAGAACACAAAGAGGGAAGCGAUUGCUGAGGAGGUCAAGGAGGUGGGCCAGCUGGACGACUGGACCCUCGGCGACGAUGACCCCAGGUGGCGAUUCCAAUCGCUGCGGCCCGAGAAGGAUAUAUCACGUUUGAUGUUGCCCAAGGAUGAUCCUCUCAUUGAAUCGAAACAUGCCAUCCAGAACACGUCUGCGAAAAGAGCCUGGUGGCGUCGCAACCGGUAUUUCGGUGCGCUCCUCUUCAACCUCGCCGCCUUCAUCCUCCCUGCGCUGUACAGUACCCUCUCCAAACUCUGGAUCGCAAACAUCGAUUCCUCAAUGGUGGUCACCAGCGACGUGUAUACGUACAUGGGCACCGUCUCCGAGGUUUUGAACGAGGGCCUCCCCAGGACCGCAUGGGUCAUCAUCGGCGACAAGGCGUCCCGAGGCCUCGUCCAGCGGCUCCAACUCACCCACACGCUCAUCCUCUUUCAGGCAGCUCUUGGUCUCAUCCUAAGCGUCGCCUUCGUCUCAGGUGCAUCGACGUUUGCCAAAGGCUUUGUUCCCAUCGAGGUCCGACAGGCUAGCUUGACGUAUGUGAGGAUCAGCGCCUUCUCGGCCCUCAGCGGCACUAUCGAGACGUCCGUGGCAGCUGCCACCAGAGCGCUGGACAAGCCUGAUGUACCUUUGAUCAUCAGCUCGGUCAAGUUCGCGAUCAAUAUCGUACUUGACCUGAUAGUCAUAUCCAAGUUCCACGUCCGGGGAAUCACACCAACGGUCAACACACAAGCGGCCAUCCAGCUGGCCUGUAACCUCGCAUCCGCUUUUGUCGGCCUGGGGUACUUCCUCUACGCAAAUUCUUUGAACGUAUCCCAAAGUACUUAUUCUUCCCAGCAUCUGGAUGAGAGCCAGGUAUCUUUGAGACCAAGCCUCUCUGCGCUGAAGGUCUUGCUCCGCCCUGGCUUCAUCACCUUCGCCGAGUCGGCGAUUCGCAACGCCCUAUACCUCUGGCUCGUCACGACCAUCGUCGCGCUUGGAACAACGUAUGCUACAGCUUGGGGCAUCUUCAACACCAUACGGUGGGGUGAGUGA